AUGAGCCGAGGCCGCAGCGAGGCCGCAGGGGCCGCCCGCCGGCCGGCGACAGCGCCUGACCCCCGCGAGCCCGGCCGGGGGCGCUCCCAGCAGGUGGACACGAGGCCCGCUGGGCCCCCGAGGCCCCCCUCACCCCGCAAGCCGCACCCGGACACAAAGCCCCCGGAGAACGUCCCAACACCCGCACGACUAAGCCAAAGCCCCCGCAGGUGCCCGCGGCGCGGCCCCACGCGGCCCCAGCAGCCCCCAACGCCUCCCUCCCUCCCGCCGGCCGGAAGUGACGUCGUGCCCCGGAAGCGUCCAGGACGGCCGGACGGCACAGCCCACUUCCCUCGGUCUAUCCCACGCCGCGACGCCUUCGAGCCCCGCCCCCGCCCUUGUCCUCGGCCUAUCCCGCGCCGCGUCGCCUUCGAGCCCCGCCCCACGCCUUUGCCUUUGGCCCAUCCCUUGCCGCGCUCGAACCCCGGCCCCGCCCCCUCCUUCGCCUUUUCCCGCGCAGCCGGGUCCUGCUCCGGCCCUCGCCCACAACCUGUCCCGCGCCGCACCGCCUUCGAGCCCCGCCCCCGCCCUCGCCUCCGACCUAUCCGGAGCCGCGCUCGAGCCCUGCCCCCGUCCUCGCCCCCAGCCUAUCCCGCGCCCCAUCGCUUUCGAACCCCGCCCCCGCCCUAG